AAUAUUAUGAACUUAUUUUUCGUAUUCUUGGUCGAUCAAUUAAUGAUAAAGAAAUAAAAGAACUUCUCUUGGCCUAUUUGGCAAAUAUGUCAAAUGAAUCUGCACUUAUUCGUCGUUCAUCAGCUGCUUGUAUUAUUAUUAUAUGUCGUUAUUCUCGUUAUCCUAUGGUUAUAGCACGUUUUCUAAUGACAAAUGCCAUUGAUCAAUUACUUGAACAUCAUAAUGAAAAUGAUAGUACACGUUUAAUAAUUGGUUAUCUUGGUUUAAUAAAAAAUCUUAUUCAAUUACUUGGUAUAAAUAUUGAAGAAUUUCAAUCAUCAUCAAUCAAUAUUCAACAACCAUUAAAUACAAGUAAAAAUAUUGAUUCUAAUGAACAAUAUCUUCCAAUUAGUAUUCGACAAAUAAUUGAAUGCGUUGAUAUAGUAUGUUAUAUUUGUUUACAACAUAAUGAUCAUAAUGUUGUAUCAAGUUCAUUGGAAACACUUGAAAUUAUACUUAAAUAUUCAAAUUUAUUUGAUUUUGAUCAAUUAUUAAUUUCAACUCAAACUGGAUCUAUAGAAGAAACUCGUGUUAGUCAAGGAUUAAAAACAACUUAUCCAACAUAUCAACGUUCAUUUAUUGAAAUUAAUGAACAACAAGACAUUUUAUUAAAUAAAAUGAAUGAUGAAUUAGAUUCAACAUCAACAAUUAAUAAUGAAAAACGAACAUCAGCUGCUAAAUUUGUUGAACAACUUAUUUCAAAAUAUAUACUUAAUAUGGAUGGUACAAUAAAAAGUGAUGAUGAAUCACGUGUUAGUAUUAAAUGUGCUACACUAACAUGUCUUUCAUAUUUAUCAACAAUUGAUCCAUUUGCAUUUUUUGAUUCAUUUGAUUAUCCAACUGAAAUUAUUACAUAUCUUUUAUCUUUACGUGAACAUGGUGAUCCACAUUUACGUGGUGCAUGUGCAAAUUUACUUGCUAAAGUAAUUCAAACAACAGUUCAUCUUUUAACAAUAUCACCACCAAUAUCAUCAUUAUCAAAUUCGUUUAAUAAUUCUUUUAUUAAUCAAUGUUCACUUGUAUCAAUUGAUUCACAAGAAAGUUCAAGAUUAGAUAUUCAAUUAGGUAUAUUAGCUGAAUUACUUUCUACAUUUCGAUUAUGUCUUAAUGAUAAUAAUGCGCGUGUUAUACAUGUUUCUUUAAAUGCUUUACGAACAUUAUUACCCGUUUUAUUAACUAAUAGUCAUGCAUUAACAAUAAUAGCAAUUGAAUUAUUAGAAGAUUCUAUUCAACAUAGUACAAGUUCUUAUGUUCUUGCUAAAGUUGCUCUAGCUCAACUUAUUGGUGAAAUUGAUUUUCGAAUAUUAACUUAUCUUGAACAACAACAACAAUUAAAAAAAACAAAUCGAUCAUGGCUUGAUCGUUGUAUUGAUAUUAUUCUUCAAUUUCUUACUGAUGAAGAUACACGUGUUCGUCAAGUAGCUGCUUCGACUUUUGCCAAGUUUGUUGAUCACAGUUCAUUUUUACCUUGUCAAUGGCCAAUACAUUAUUUACUUAAAUGGAUUAAUUCUUCUUGUCAAUGGAUACAAAAAAUUCAUCAUUCAUUACAACAAUCAAAUACUUCUGUAAUAAUAUCGAAUGAUGAAGUACAAUGUGAAACAAUAUCAUGUUUAUCAACUUUAAUAUUUGAUCGUUUAGCUCAAGCAUCAACUCGAAUACAAAUUGUUGGGUGUUUAGAAGGUAUUUGUGCACUUUUAAAUGUUCUAACACCAAAAACAAUUCGAUCAUUUUUUCAUAAUCAAUAUGAUGAACUUCGUUUACUUAUACAUUUUUUUAAACAUCCAUUUAUAUUACAUGAUCUUAAUAAUUUACAAUUAUUACUCGAUAUUCUCAAUUUAAUUUUUUCAAAUUUAUCGAAUAGUACCAAUGAUAUGGGUGAUAUUCAAUCAGCAGAAAAAGUUUUUCAUUUUUUAAUCAAAAUUUUAUCUAUAUUUGCUUGUGUUGUUGACGAUACAAGUCCACCAAAUCCACAAACAUCAAAAAUAAAUUUUUCACCUAUUCCUGCAUCACCUCAACAAAUUAAAAAACGAUUUGAAAGUAGCACUAAUGAUUCAAGUAAUUUGAAAAUUUAA